AUAGUUGUCGUGCUACAACAGAAAAGUCUGCCAGCACGUUGCAAGCUGCUACCGACCUCGAGACGCGCACCAUGUCGGCCGAAAAAGUUCCUGACACCCCCGUGGAAGUCCUUGUGGAUCUCCUGACGAGAACCAUGGAGGUAGCCAAGGCAAGUGGCAACGUGCCUGAGGAGUUGACCCAUCAGCUGCAGAAGGCUCUGGACAUAGCGAGCGGCCUGGAUGACUACCUGGAGAAAAUGAGCUCACAGGAGAGUGAACCUCUGGCCGAGCUCUACAAAAAAACAAUCUCCCAUGACUGGGAUCAAGUUCACAAGGAGGGCAAAACCAUGUUCCGCCUUCCGAAGGAGUGCAUCACUGGACAUGUUGAAGGUCAGACCCUGAAGAUGCUGAUCCACAUGAGUCAGGCCAAGAGGGUUCUAGAGAUCGGGAUGUUCACCGGCUACGGUGCACUGUCGAUGGCCGAAGGGCUUCCCGAGGACGGCUGCUUAGUCGCCUGCGAGUUGGAGCCGUACCUCAAAGACUUUGCUCAGGCCAUUUUUGACAAGUCUCCACAUGGCAGGAAGAUCACUGUCAGGACUGGGUCCGCCAUGGACACCCUGAAGGAAUUGGCUGCUGCAGGUGAACAGUUUGACAUGGUCUUCAUUGAUGCUGACAAGGAUAAUUACAUCAACUACUACAACUUUAUCCUGGACAAAAGUCUGUUGAAAUUGCGAGGGGUCAUAUGUGUCGAUAACACGCUGUUCAAAGCCAAGGUCUAUCUUAAAGACACGACGGACGGCAACGCACUGGCGCUCAGAAAAUUCAACCAGUUCGUCCGCGAUGAUCCACGUGUGGAGCAGGUCAUCAUCCCUCUUCGAGAUGGCAUCAGUGUUGUCCGUCGGGUAUCUGUGUCCUCCGAGUGCUCAAGGACCAAGAGUAAAAUAACGGACGACGAGGUUUUCCGCGGGGUCAAGGGGCUCCCCAUCCUGGAUCGAAUGCGCCUCGACGGAAAGGUGGCCUACGUGACGGGUGCUGGCCAGGGAAUAGGCCGCGCUUUCGCCCACGCCCUGGGGGAGGCCGGCGCGAUGGUAGCCGUGGUAGACCUGGACCAAGACAAAGCCGAGGCGGUGGCUGGAGAGCUCUUCCUCAAAGGCAUCAUUGCCAUCUCGAUCACAGCUGACAUUAGCAAAUCGGCUGAUGUUCAGAGGAUGAUUGACAACGUUGUGUCCAAAUGGGGGGCGAUCCACGUCGCCUGCAACAACGCCGGCAUCAACAUGAACUCGGCCAGCGAAGACACCAGUCUAGAGGAGUGGGACCAAACCUUCAACGUCAACCUGAGGGGGACUUUCAUGUGCUGCCAGGCAGCAGGUCGAGUGAUGUUGAAGCAAGGAUACGGCAAGAUUAUCAACACAGCCUCCAUGGCCAGUCUAAUAGUCCCCCAUCCACAGACGCAGCUGUCCUACAACACGUCCAAGGCUGGAGUGGUCAAACUGACUCAGACUCUGGGCACCGAAUGGAUUGACAGAGGAGUGAGUGUCAACUGCAUCUCCCCGGGGAUUGUUGACACCCCUCUCAUCCACUCGGAGAGUCUGAGGCCUCUGGUGCAGCGCUGGCUGUCAGAUAUCCCUGCUGGUAGACUGGCUCAAGUGACAGACCUGCAAGCUGCAGUGGUCUACUUGGCAUCUGACGCCUCCGACUACAUGACAGGGCAUAACUUAGUCAUAGAGGGUGGGCAAAGUCUGUGGUAGAUGAAGAGAUGAAAACUUUUUUAUAUAUUUUUUUAUUUUUCCUCUUCGCUCUACUGGGAUUAGUCUCCCAAACAGGUGGCAUUCACAUUAUCUCCUUUUUAGAUACAUUCACAUCAGUCCGCGCUUAAAUCUGUUCAACCUUUUCCACAGUUAAAAUCUGUUUUAUAGUGUGAUGAGAUAACUGGUAAAAAAAAAAAAAAUUCUGUCCUCCUGUAUGGAGAGGCAAUGUCCCGCCCCCUUCCGCUGUCCCCCAUUGGACCUUAUUUCAGAGUGGUGAAAGACAAGUACUUUUUUGAUCCAUGAAGUGUGCCAUGAAUUACACAUAAUGAUGUUUGUCAGUUGAAAAGCAAAUUUUUGCAAGUCAAGAGCGUCAUAGAUUGGUCGUAUUAUCGGAUCAAGCCGAUCAGUAAACUACACAUCUGGCCUCACCCAAUGCACGUCAACAGCAUCGACAUGGCCGCUUGCUAGCUAGCUUGCUAGCUCAGACUCUAGCUAGCUAGCAAGCUCGAUAACGUAGCUAUGCUCAUGCUAAAAUGUAUCGUUAACUUAACGUGUUUUAUCGAACGACUCAUUUUAGCAGCUGGGAAGCAAAAGAACGUGCAAGACCCGUUGACUUUUAGUUGUGUAGUCUAUCCAAUUACGUAUUUUUACGGUCUGAAACAACAAAAUGCAACUUUUCUGGAUGUGUAAAACUCUUUGAAAUUGGCAAACAUAUGUGUAACUCAUGGCACAAUUUACAAAAGAGCUCAAAUAAUUAUUUGUCUCUCGCCGUUGAGUACCAGAAAUAUUCCUUUUCCAAAGUAAGUGGUCCUCGUUACAUUUAAAAGUAUAAAAAUGUCUAAAGAAAUAUCUGUGAAAAAAAAAAGAAAAUCUGUUACUGUGCCUUGAAACGUUUCGCAAUCUUUGUUGUAUGUUACAUUGCCAUUAUUUAAAAACGUUCAAAUGCUGCUGAAACACACAACAAUUUUGAUAAAUGUGACUGUUAAUGUUGUCUCGAACACCACUGGAAGAAACUUUGAUGCGCACAAAAGAAAGUCUAUUGAGUUUGUGUUUAUAGCACUGUUUCAUACAAAUGCCGUUCAACAUUGCUUUGUAGGAUAUGGCGGUUUUGUAUUCCGACGACCAAAAACGCAGCUUCUUUGCAUGCGUACAUGCGCCAGUGGAAUUU